CAGGGUUCCGAAGCGGUCGCUGCGUGUCUCUAUACACAUACGGUCGCACUCAGCACUCUUCCAUCUGUACUUGUCAGCUGGCGCCACAUUGUCUGCCUAUCUCCUGGAGCCUUUGCUCUGCGCUUUCGCAAGCCAGCAGCGCGCUCGCCGGACCCUCGCGAGCGCUCGGGCGGCUGCCCCACGACCACACGGGCGCAGCAGCUCUUGCAGCAGCAGCAGACAUGCGAAUGAGCACCGGCGCUGGAGCAGGUGGCGGCGGCCGGGCAAACGCCAGCAGCCCCGCACCCUCACGCCUGCUGCCAGCCGCUGCGGCAUCAGGCGCCACCGCUGGCCCGGCGGGUCGCCCUGUGCCCACCUCACUACCCACUGCAGCCGCCUCGGGCACCUCCUUUCCUGGAGCUACUGCGGCUACUGCCGUGGCCGCUGGGUCGUCGUGGUGUGUGCCCCGGCUGCUGCGGCCGCUGGUGCUCAUAUGCGACCUGGAUGACACCCUGGUGGGCGGCGAGCUGGACAUGAGCGGGGGCGCAGAUGGGGGUGGGGGGUCCGGGAAGAAGGCGGCGAGGUGGUCAACGCAGCAGUGUAACGCCCACAGCGCCCAGCUGGCGGCGGCACUGGACACCUGGAGGCAGCGGUGGAGGCAGCAGCAGGCGCAGCAGGGGUUGUGUCAGAAGGAGGGCGGCGCCGCGUCAGGCCCACGUGCUGGCGGUGCUGGCGGCAGCGGUGGGGGCAGUGGGGCGCACCCGCCGUGCUGGUUCGUGGUCAACACCGGCAGGACGCUGCCGCUGUUCUUGGCCGCCCAGCGGGAGCGGUGCGGCCUGUUGGCCCAGCCUGACGUGCUGAUAUGCGGCGUCGGCACACGCAUGUACACACCCGCACCUGCAGCGGCCGCAUCCGCAGUGAUGGAGCCGCCGGAGCCAACACCCGCCGCAGCGGCUCCUGAGGACGCAGUCACUGGCCAGCAGUGCGACUGGCAGUGGGUCGAGCACAAGGCCUGGGCGGAGCACGUGGAGGGGUUGGUUGGCAGCAAUGGGGGCAGCAGUGGGGGCAGCAGUGACGACCUCGCUGCUGAGGAUGGCGAGGAAGGCGCCGACUGGCACAUCGGCCAGGUGACGGUGGCGGUGCAGGAGGUGAUGCAGCGGCUGGGGCCGGACAGCCUGGGCUGGCGCGGUGCCGAAGAGAACGAGUCGCUCAAGCUGACUGUGACGCUGGCGGUGGGCCGACUGGCACCCGGCCUGGUCGCGCUGGACGCUGCGCUGGCGGGUCGCGGUGUGAGGUACCGACUGGUGGUGGGGCCCAGCGACGAGCCGGGCCCGGGCUGGGCGUAUGCGGACAUUCUGCCAGUCCGGGCCGGCAAGCUGGCGGCGGCGACCUACGCUGCGCAGUGGCUGCUGCGGCUCGAACGGACGGGAGCGUGCGGCGGCGACUGCAGCGCUAUGGCCCCUGCCACCCGCGCUAGUGGCAGUGCGCAGGACAGCAGAACUGCGCAGCCCCUGCCUCCGGGUUUGGGCCUGGAGGCGGUGGUGGUGGCGGGUGAUGCGCCCAACGACUUGGACAUGCUGGCGGGUUCGCCACACGCCUCCAUUGCGGUGGCCAACUGCCACCCCACUGUGCGCCGCUUCGCCGCCGCCGCUAUGGCGGUCGAGGCCCCGACUGCGGCCGCCAGCGAGGCCGCAGCAGCUGACCGCCCCGCGCCUGGCAUCACGGGCGAUGGACGUGGCACCCUGAGGUCCACGCAGCCCCACCAGCCGCACUUGCAGCCGCUGCAGGCGGCCUGGGACGCGGGCGCCGCAGCGGUGGCUGGGGUAGCGGUGGCGACAGAGCUGGGGCCACAGGCGGGGGAGGCGGCACGGCUGCUACUGGAGCGCUGGAGGGACAGGCACGGCUGUGCGUCUGACAGCUCAGGCGGCAAUAGCAGUGGCGGCUCCGGCGGCAGCAAUGUGUGUGAGGGCUCAGGUCUCAGCCUGUCAAGCAUGAGCACCGACUGUGGUAGCGACGGGCGCAGCAGGGUUGGUACAGGCGGGGGUGGCAGUGGCGGGAAUGCGCUGCGGCCGCGGGUGCACCUGGCGCGGCUGCCGGCUGCAGGUGGUGUACUGGAGGGGCUGCGGGCUCUGGGGUACGUGGAGUAGGGCCCACACGUCGUGACAUGAUAGUGCGCGUUGCGUGAUGGCCUAGGCAGAUCUAUCAAAGAGGCGCGCAGCCGGCAGGUUGCACGUGUAGCUAUAUGCAUUUCGCGCUACGCCGUGUGCUGGUGUAGGGGAAUCCAGUUCCUGGCUUCCUGUGAUGCCCGGUGCGACGUACGGUAGCGUGACACUUGGCCUGCUCACCGGCAGUACCGUGUCGGGUAUCGAUGUGCGUCAAUGCCUCAAUGGAACGCAGCUGCUAGCGGCUAUCGGGCUGAUAAGACGGACUGGACCUGAC